ACCCAAUACAAAUAUUUUCAAGCCACAACACACAAACUACCAAAAAAACUUUUCACUCCUCUCUCUUUGUUCCAAAUUAAAGAUAGCCAUGGAAUCAAAUUCCAAAAACACAACCAAGUUCCUCUUUAGCUACGGCGGUAAAAUCCUCCCCCGCCACACCGACGGCAAGCUCCGCUACACCGGUGGCCACACUAGAGUCCUCGCGCUUUCUCUCCCCAUUUCUUUCUCAGAGUUGAUGGUGAAGUUUGUGGAAUUAUGCUGUUUAUCAGUGACACUGAAGUGUCCUUUACCAAACGGAGAUUUAGAGACAUUGAUUUCAAUCACCAGCGACGAAGAUCUGGAAAAUAUAAUCGAAGAAUACGAUCGAGCUUCUUCGUCGUUACGUCAUCCAUUGAAGAUAAGAGCCAUUCUUUCACCUCCCAAAUCUCUCAAGAAAGUAUGUCCUCAACAUUCUUCUUCGUCCAGCGCAACAUACUCUCCCUCUGGUUCGCUUUACGGGUCUGCGGAAUCACCGCCGUAUGCGGCUGUUAAUCGGCUGAAUUGUUCGCCGGUUCCUCUAGGGUUUCCGAUUGGUAUUCGAAACGGGGCUGUGAAAGGUGGCUGUUACACAGGGCAAUUACAUGAAAGCCCUAGAUUCCUUUAUCGCUGCGGUAAUAAUUAUUGUCAAUGAGGCAGGGUUAUAAUAGGGAAUACAAAGGAUAUACAGAAGUACUAUUAGAUAUUAGUUGAUGAUGAUGAAAAAUAGUGAAAAGUGAUUUAUAAUAAAGAUUGCUUGAGCUUCUA